GCGCGCGUAGUGGACAAUCGCGGUACUGCAGGGGAUCAGCAGCUCCCCGAAAGUGAAAGCAUUCUGAAUCAGGAAGUGCCGGAGUUAACAUGGCUUCGAAAGGAGAGACCGAGAGUUUGAGCGAGGAGGUAAUUUGUCCCGUCUGCCUGGAUUUCUUCACCGAUCCGAUUAUACUGGAGUGUGGACACAACUUCUGUCGCUCUUGUAUCACACAGUAUUGGGAAAGGGAGGAGAGAAACUCCUGCCCGGAAUGUAGAGAGGAGUUUGCUGACCGCACCCUCAGGGUGAAUCGGGCCUUAGCAAAUCUGACACACAAAGUUCGGAAUCUAAGCCUGAAUCUGAAAGGGAAGGAAAGUAAACGUCACUGCGAGGAACAUGAGGAAGAACUGAAGCUGUUUCGUGAAACGGACAAGACACUGAUCUGUGUGAUCUGUGCAGCUGCGCAGGAACACAGAGAGCAUCGAUUUGUGCUGAUUAAAGAGGCUGUUAAAAACUAUAAGGAUCAGCUAAAAUCUUCCUUAGACUCUCUCACAAAAAAGAAAUCAGACUUCCAGGAAAAGGAGCAGCAACAGAAAGAGAAGAUUUCCGGAGUUCGGGAACAGUCACACAGCCUUCAGUCCCACGUCACAUCCCAGUUUGCUGAACUGCGCCAGAUUAUCACUGAGAAAGAGCAGAGCUUACUCAGGGAUCUCAGGGAAGAAGAGAAGAGGAUUCUCAACCCAAUGGAGAAAAAUCUUCUAGCACUUCAAGAGAAUAUAAGGAUUAUUCAGGAGGAAAUCACUAAGUUAAAGGAACAGAUGGAUCAGAAAGAUGGUGUGAUAUUUCUCAAGGAGGAAGCUCGUCGGAACAGAAGGAUUAAUGACGAUGUCCAGGAAUUGUCAGUGACAGAUGAGACCCUACCGGUUGAAAAAUUCGAUCACCUCUAUUUGUUGAACACAGUGCUUAGAGAAACACUUGAUGCUAUUAAUCGAGUUUCGGAGAAUGAGAGGAGAUCUCAUGGAAACACAAAAUUCUUUCAGGGGUCAACAGGCAGGAGUGAGCGAGGAUGUUUCCCCUGUUCAGCGGAAAACCCUUGUGGAGACAUCUGCUUUUGUCGAAUCAAAGUCUCUGUCACCCUGGAUGUGGAAACGGCGAAUCCGCGGCUCGAGGUGUCUGAGGAUCGGAAGAGUGUGAGACGGACCUGGACCCGGAGGAAUCUCCCUGACACCGGGAAGAGAUUCACAUACUGGGAUUGUGUGCUGGGAUCGGAGGGAUUCACAUCGGGGAGACAUUACUGGGAGGUGGAGGUGACGGGGAUUCGGUUCUGGGGUCUGGGAGUCGCCGCAGAGUCUGUGGAGAGGAAGGGACGAGUCAGUCUGAGUCCGGAGACCGGAUUCUGGGUCAUCAGGCGGUUUGGUGACGUGUUACAUUGGGAUUGUGACGUGUCCGGUCGCCCCUCCCCCGGGUCCCGUCUCGCUGCCGGUCCCAUCCCCGGGAGGGUGGGAGUUUAUCUCAGUUACGAGUCCGGGACAGUUUCAUUUUACAACGCGGAGACCAAGUCCCAUCUCCACACCUUCACUGGGAAUAAAUUCACGGGGAAACUUUAUCCUUUCUUCCGGACCUGGGGUGCGAACCAGUGGCUGAGAAUCUGCUCCGGUUCCGCUCCGGGUCUGUAAACGGGUCGGGUCCCGGGACCGGCGUCAGGAGUAAAGUCCCUGUAAAUAUAAAUGUGCGGAGAGUGCAGCUAAAUACGUGGCUAAGGAGAUGGUGCAGGAGGGAGGGCUUCAUGUUUCUGGUCAAUUGGGCUUUGUUCCCGGGAAGGUGGGGCCUGUUCCGACGGGACGGUUUGCCCCUAAACUGGGCGGGGGGGGGGGGAAUAACAUUCUUGCGGGUAGAUUUGCCAGUGCUGCUCCGGGGAAUUUAAUCUAGAUUUGCAGAGGGAGGGGAACCAGAGUGUUAGAGCAGAUAGUCAGGUGCAGGAGGAUAAGGAACAUGAGAGGACUGCAUGUAUAAACGGAAAUGAUAAAAAAGCAGAUGAUAUACAUAUUCUCAGGUACAUCUAUUUCAAUGCACGGAGUAUUGUCGGUAAAACAGAUGAGUUUAGGGCUUGGGUUGACACGUGGGAUAACGACAUUACUGCUAUUAGUGAGAAGGGCCAAUUUUGUGGAAAUGAAAAAGGAUCUAGGAAGAGUGGAUUGGGAUAAGUUUUUUUUCUGGCAAGGAUGUGUUCAGUAAGUUCACAGGCAUAAGAAAUUAAAUAGAGAUUAGGUUGGAAAUGUUAUAGCAACUUCAUUUAAUUCAAAAUCGAGAGGAGUUGCAAUUUCGGUUAAUAAAUCUUUACCAAUUAAAAUACAAAAUGUAAUAAUUGAUUCUGUGGGGAGAUACGAGAUUAUACAUUGUCAAAUUUUUUCAGAAUUAUGGAAUUUUAUGAACAUUUAUGCACCAAAUGAAAAUGAUGCAAAAUUCAUACAAGAAGAUUUUUUGAACUUGGCUGACGCAAAUGAUAAAAUAUUAAUAGGCAGAGAUUUUAAUUUUUGUUUAGAUCCAGUUUUGGAAAGGUCAACUACAGUUGUUACAAAAUUAAAAGAAAUAAAACUAACUUUAUCAUUAAUGAAAGAUUUAAACCUGAUUGAUAUAUGGAGGAAAAUUAAUCCAAGAGAAAGAGAUUAUUCAUUUUAUUCAAAUAGACAUAAAGCUUAGAUGGAGAUUUAAUACAAUUUUAUUAAAACGUCAAGAUUUUUGUGAUUUUAUGAAAAAACAGAUUCAAUUUUUUUUGGAUACAAAUUUACAUUCAGUUGAGGGUAAAAUUGUAUUAUAGGAAGCGAUGAAAGCAUAUUUAAGGGGUCAGAUUAUAAGUUAUACAUCUAAAAUUAAGAAGGAAAAUUGGGAAAAGAUAUAAAGUUAGAAAAAGAAUCUCAAAGAUAUAUGACAGAACAAAAACAAAGACAACUUGUUAAUAAAAAACUACAAUAUAAUAUCGUACAUAUCGUACAGAAAAAGUAAUUAUGAGAACUAAACAGAAAUAUUACGAAUUAGGUGAAAGAUCACAUAAAAUUCUUGCUUGGCAGUUGAAAACAGAACAGGCUUUUAAAACAAUAAAUGCAAUUAGAACAAGUGUAAAUAAGGUUGCUGAUAAACCUUUGGAAAUUCAUGAAACUUUAUUUUUUUUUUAUAUACUGAACUAUAUCAAUCAGAAUCACAAAAUAAGAUUACUGAGAUGGAUAAAUUUUUAUCACAAAUAACCCUUCCGAAAUUUAAUUUGGAAGAACAGAAAGGAUUAGAUAUGCCCUUUACAUUAAAAGAGGUUGAAGAAGCUGUAGGAUCACUUGAGAGUAACAAAUCCCCAGAAGAAGAUGGUUUUCCUCCUGAAUUUUAUAAAAAAAAUUAAAGAUAUAUUAAUUCCUCCCUCUAUGGAAUUAAUAUACCAAGUGGAAAGAAUGCAUAAACUCCCACAAUCUUUUUUAACAGCGAUCAUAACUGUAUUGCCAAAAAAAGAGAUCCUCUAAAACCAACAUCAUAUAGGCCUAUUUCUUUGUUGAAUACAGAUUAUAAGAUAAUAGCAAAAAUUUUAUCUAAUAGAAUAUCUAAAUAUUUACCAAAAUUAAUGCAUAUGGAUCAAACAGAUUUUAUUACAAUCAAUGGAUAAUCUAACCUGGUUACUUAGUAUAAUUCAUCUGGCACAAAAAAGAGAGGAAAUGAGUGUGGCAUUUGCUUUGGAUGCAGAAAAAGCAUUUGAUAGAUUGGAAUGGGAUUUUUUUGUUUAAGGUAUUGGAAAAAUAUGAGCGAGGAAAAUCUUUUAUACAAUGGAUUAAAACCUUAAAUACUAAUCCUCAAGCUGAAGUAGUUACAAAUGCUCAGAUUUCAACACCAUUUUGCUUAACGAGGUCAACUGGACAAGGCUGCCCGUUAUCACCUGCUUUAUUUGUAUUGGCAAAAGAACCAUUAGCUGAAUUAAUUAGAACAGAUUCAGAUAUUGGCGGUUUUAGAGUUAAUCAAGAAGAAUAUAAAAUUAAUUUAUUUGCUGAUGAUGUUUUGAUUUAUUUUACAAACCUAUUACAAUCUUUGCAAAGAUUAUCUUUUAAAUUGGAAGAAUACGGGAAAGUAUCAGGGUAUAAAUUAAAUUGGAAUAAAAGUGAAAUUUUACCCCUUACAAAAGGAAAUUAUAAUCAAUGUCGAUUAGUAACUCAAUUUCGAUGGUCAAUAAAUGGGAUAAAAUAUUUAGGUAUCAGAGUUGACAAUGAUGUAAAAAAUUUAUAUAAACAAAAUUAUUUGCCAUGAUUAAAAAAAAAUAAAAGAGGAUCUUGAUAAAUGGAUGAUGUUACCAAUAACAUUAAUAGGUAGAGUUAAUGCUGUAAAAAUGAAUAUAUUCCAUAGAUUGCAAUAUAUAUUCCAAACUUUACCAAUACAAUUACCGCAGAAGUUUUUUCAAGAACUAAAUAAAUAUGUAAGGAAAUUUCUUUGGAAAGGAAAGAUGUCAAGAAUAUCAUUGGAAAAAUUGAGAUGUAAAUUUGAUUUAGGAGGGUUACAACUUCCAAAUUUUAACAAUUAUGAUAAAGCAAUUCAACUUAGAUUUAUUGCAUCUUUUUUUGAUGAAAAAAAAACCCGGCAUGGAUUAGAAUAAAAUUAGAUAAGAUAGGAGAAAACAUACCAGAAGAUUUUACAUAUAAAUGGGAAUCCAAAUUGAUACGGGAAAAAAAAAGAAUCUCCUAUAUUAAGACACUUGAAUGAUUUAUGGAAUAAGGUAAAUAUGGACGAUAAGAUAAAGAAAUCUUUAUUAGCAAAAAUAAACUUUAAUUCAAAAUAGGCUUAUUCCUUUUACAAUGGAUAAUAAACUUUUACAUAAUUGGUUCCAAAAGGGGAUUAAAUAUAUAUGUAAUUGUAUUGAUGUCGUUUGAGCAAUGAAAAAAUAAAUAUAAAAUAUCAAACAACACUCUUUUCUCUUAUUUUCAAUUAAAGGACAAUUACGAGAAAAGCUGGGUCAAACAAUGUUGAUGCCAAAACUUAGUGAAAUAGAAAUAUUAAUUCAAAAAGGAAAAAUUUAAAAAAUUACAUCUUGUAUGUACAAUUUGAUUCAAAAACAGACUGAAUCUGGAAUUCAUAAAUCAAGACAAAAAUGGGAAACUGAUUUGAAUGUUAAAAUUGUUGGAAAAAGUUGGUCAAAAUUAUGUUCUGAUAGUAUGAUAAAUACAAUAAAUGUUCAAAUUAGAUUAAUACAAUAUAAUUUUUACAUCAAUUAUAUAUAACACCACAGAAAAUAAAUAGAUUAAAUUCAAAUAUGUCUGACCAAUGCUUUCGAUGUAAUCAAGAAAUUGGUACUUUUUUACAUUCUACUUGGUCUUGUUUUAAAAUUCAACCAUUUUCGAUAUAUCUGACUUUUAUUGGAACAAAGUACUGGAGUUCAACUCCCAAAUAGUCCAAUAUUAUUUUUAUUAGGAGAUAUUGAAGGGACAAUACCGAAAAUUAAAUUGAAUAUAUAUCAGAAAAAAAUUAUAGAUAUUGAUUGGCAGUAGCUAAAAAAGUUAUCGCAAUUACUUGGAAAUCUGAGUUAUAUUUAACUAUGGAUUAUUGGAAUAAUGAAAUAUAUAGUUGUAUUCCACUUGAAAAAAUUACAUAUAAUCUAAGAAAUGAAUAUGAUAUAUUUUUCAAAAUUUGGCUCCCAUACCUACAAAAGAUAGGAUUAAAUAUAUAGGUCCUUUGAAGAUAAAAUUAUAAUGUAAUUGGGGAAAGUAAGAAUAAAUAUUAAAAUUAUUUUGAACUCCAUGGAGCAUGUGGGUAUCCUCCAAUAUCGAGGCAAUCUUUUUCUUCUUUAUUUCUUUCUUUAGAUAAGGGUUAAGGUGGGGAUGGGGAGGAGGACUAAUAUUAUUUUUCUUUUUCUUACUAAUUUUUCAUUACAUUUAUUCUUUGUAAUUUUCUAAAAAUUUAAUAAAUAAAUAAAAAGAGCAUCUCAGUAAUCCAACAGCCCACUCACCUUUGCUACCCUUUAUGUUAUUUCCUUACGUUUAACACAAUUAUUACGUGCCUUUUCCAGCUCAAACUGUGAAUUGAUUUAAAGUCAGUCCCAUAAUUUAAUAGCUUUUAUUUGAAAACUAUCUACCCUCGCAAAGAUUGUACUGAAGACUGCAUUUGAUUUUUCUUCAGCCUUGUACGCUUCACAUUGAAAUAGUAUGUGUUUCGACGGUUUCAUAAUGACAAAAUGUACACGACACAGAAUGAAGUUUUCCAAUUAGUUACAAGGCAUAAUUAAGCAUAGUGUGGAUAUUUCUGUCAUGUGAAUAUCAUUCCUUCCCUUGUUUUAAGCCCUUCUUCUAUAAACCCAACAGGUUUAUGUAUUCUGGAAAGGUGUCUGUCUUUACGUCCAUUAUCCUACGUCUUGCCAUAAGCCCCUAAUUCUUAACACUACCAACCCUUUAGCUUCUAAUUUGCUAAGUGGAAGGUCUAUAUCCACAGCUUAACAUUUAACAGCUUUUGGUGCUAAACAGUCAACAUCAUCAUUUCCCUCAACAGUGUGAUAUGCAGGCCCCAUAAUGUGCAGACAUAUAAAUCAAACUUUAUAUAUGAAAUACCGUUUGUCAAGUUUCCAACAGUCAAUCUGACCUACUGCCAGAAUGACCUGUUUAAGACUCAUCAAAACUGAAAUGUAUUCUGAGCAAAUUAUAAGGACCAAUUUCCUCCAUCCACUGUAAGCCUAAACUGUUGGCAAAGAAUUCUGCUUUCUAUGCUGAUAAAUGGCUAUAAGUCAUUUCUUUAUCAUUACCUGCUAUUCAGGCACACAAAAACAGCCACACCAACAUCCCCAAUUAAAUUAUCUUUUGAUUCAUCUGUAAAAAUGGUUACUGUAUGAUAAUAACUUUCAUUAAUAUACUGAUGACCAACAGACUCUCAGGCAGAACCGAAUCCGAUCGUGUAAAAAGUAAAAUCACCUGAAGUCAAUGGAAAAAACAAUGUGGGGUUACAGAGAACGCUACAGUGGGACAUACUGUGUCAUCAAAUACACCCAUAUUCGCAGCAUGGUAAGAACCCAGCCACCCAAAACAAAAAACACUCUUCUAGUGAUGUUCCCAACCGUCCUCUAGCACAACUUUAACAGGAUGAUCAUUUCCUUGACCCGCAAAUUAAUCCAGUAUGUUGACAUCAACUUGAACCUCUGUUACUUUGAGGGCAAUUGUCCCAUUGCAAUCAGUAAAGCCAAAGCAGGAGACAACAUUACCGCACCAGAACACAAUUAAAAGUCUGUAAUUGUAUCACAUACAAACACUUUUAAUUUGAAGAUGAAGGUGAUCCACAAGCCACACAGACAUAAUCAUGAACAGAUCAAAUUAAACAAAUAUAAUUGGUCAACAAAGAUUUUCAUGUUGCACCCAAGAAUACCCACAUAGAUGUCUGAGGAGAUUUAAAGCUCCUUUAUAUUUAUCAAUUAUUUUACUGACAGGUGCUUCCCCAUCAGCUUAUUAUUCAUCCACAUACUGAGAAAUCUUACCACUGACACUUCCUCGAGACAUUAAUCCCAUAAGUUAAAAUCAAGUGCAAGUCUAUUAAUGCUGUUUGUAAACCACGUAAUGUGUUUUAACGACUGAAAGCUUACAAUCCUCAUCAAUCUGCCCACUGUUUGAUCUAUUAAUUGUAAAUUGCAGUUAAUACCUCAAAUCCAUAAAGCUAAGUCAUCUGUAUAUUGUGAUUUACCCAGGGAAUCCCAUUUUCCCAUCUCACAGAAAAUAUCAUUAAUCAUAAUAUUAAAUAAUGAAGGGCUACAAAUACUGCCUUGUGGGAUUCCAUUCUCUAUCUCAUAGACACAAACAUGCCGACCGUUACUUGGACAGUCCAUACAAAAAAAAACUCAGAAAAAAAUACAAUGACCCCCUUACUCCUAAUUUAAUCAAAAGUCCUUUCUUCCAUAUCAUUUCCCUUUUCAGUCUCAAUACUGCUAUUACAACAUCUUUAUUUAAUUGUGCUUUCCGAAUAUCAUCUUCCAAACCUAAAACUGAAUCUAAUGUCAUUUCACACUUCCAAAAUCCACUCUAAUAAAACAUUUUAUCACCACUCUUUCCAAAAUAUAACUCAAGCGCUUGAUUACCAUACAUUCCAUAAGUUUACAUAAAUGAGACUUUCACGAUAUAGGCCCUUAACUAGAAGGAUCAAAUGGGGAUCUACCAGGUUUUCAGGCACUACUAUUUCCAUUUUCCAUGAGGAAAGUGGAUGCACAAUUCAAAUAUUUAAUAUUUUACAAAUGCAAAUUAUAUACAAUUACAAUUUCAAAUAUCACUCUUUCCUGGAGACACCUGACCUGCAUUAUUAAUAGACUUCUUAAAUUCAUACAAAGAAAUCUCUCCAUCUGUGAUACUAUCAUUGCUGCAGCAGACUUCCAACACAUCAGGGUAUUCACUGAAAAAACAUAUCCCUAUAUUGUUUAAUUUCUUCACUUAAAUUAUCCUGAUUAUGAAUCUCUGCAAAUGACCCAGCCAGUAACCCAACCUUCCCUGUUUCAGUAACAAUCAUUUUGCCCUCAAUAAUCAACACAGGAAUAUUAUGAUCCCCACAAAUCCCCCCAUUUUCUAAAUCAUAUCCCAAACAAUUCCAAGUUUGAUAUCCCUUCCAAUAUUAUCUCCAUAUAACCUCCAGUAAAUCACCUCCUUCCUCACCACGGCCUUUGCCCUUUUAUUGUUAAUAAUGUAACUCGGAGACUGAUGCACCAUCACAUAAAAACUCACAUUUCUCCCAAUUUGCUUCCUGUCCCGUUAUAAAUCCAAAUCCAAACUCAUAAAGACAGGAAGGCUGACUGACGUUCACAUAAACUAAUCACCCUCCGAGUUCCCAUUUGAGCGACAGGCACUGCAGCCAAUGACAGCAGGCGUCAGUGUUAGGUCUGAGCUGCGAUAGGCUGGAGGAAAUCGGCCCUUGACCAGCCCCUCCUCUUCCGCUCCGUCGCCAUGGCGGAGAUCAGCGAGUCGCUUCUGUCGGUGUCGCCGGCCUCGGCGCCCACAAGGACGGGUGUGAUUCCCCUUCGCGCCUCGGUGGGUCUGUUUCGGUGGCGUCUGUGGUGGCUGACGAAACAUGCUUUGUCAGGGAGCGAGCGAGGACCAAUGACUACAACUCCCAGAAGGCCCCACUGAUGACGUUGUGGUGUUGUUUAGGGGCCUUUGAAAAGGUGGCAGACAUGAGGCUGUUUAACACGCUACGAGCCCAUGAAAUUACAGAAAGAGUCUAGCACAGAUAAAGCAGUGGCUGAUUGACAGGAGGCAGAACGUGUGAAUAAAUGGAGCGUUUUCUGUCUGGCUGCAGAUGUCCAGUGGCAUUCCACAGGGGUCUGUGAUGGGACCGAUUAUUCUCUGCUAUAUGGCAAUGACUUGGAUGAUGUAUUUGAUGGUUUUGCUGCAAAAUCUGCAGAGGAACAGAGAUGGAGGGAAAGGUAGUUCUGAGGACGUAGAGAGGCCACAGAAGGAGCUAGACAGAUUAGGAUUGGAAACGGCAGAUGGUAUUCAGAGCAUUCAUUUCAUGAGGACUGAAAGAUAAAAGCAAGGACGAAAUGUUGAAACAUUAAAAAGCUCUGGGGAGGCCUCACUUGUAGUAUUUUGAGCAGGUUUGAGCUCCUUGUCUCAGAAAGGAUGUGCUGAAUCUCGAGGGGGUUCAGAGGAGGGGCACGAAAAUGGUUCCAGUAUUGAACAGGUUGUCAUAUCACCAUUGAUGUCUCUGGGCCAGAAUUCAGAAAAAUAAAGGGUGAACUCGUUGAAGGAGGAGCCUUGAUAGAGUGGAGGUGGGCAGGGUUUUUCCUGUGAUUGGUGGGUCUAAGACCGGAUGAGACAUGAGGGCAUCCUGUUAGAACGGAAAUGAGGAGGAGUUUCUUCAGCCAGAGUGGAGAAUCUAUGGGAUUCUUUGCCACAGGCAACGGUGGAGGCCGAGUCUCUCUGUACAUUUACUACAGAUGGUCAUAUAUUACUGAUUGUUCAGGGUGUUAAAGGAUACGGGGAGAAGACAGGAGAUUGGGUCUGUUGCGAAAUUGGAUCAACCAGGAUGAUAUGGUGAUAUAUUGAAACAGAGUGGAUGGGCCGAAUGACCUAACCAGCACCUCAUGGUCUUAUGGACUUUCUGCCUUUUGAACACUUCUGUCUCUUUGGGAUGUGUAUAUCCUGCGCUUUCUGAAUUGCUUCCCGAAAUUCCACCCAUUCUUGCUUUGACAUUAUCGGUGCCAAAGGUCUUUUCCAAUCACUUUUGGCCAGCUCCUCUCUCAGGCCUCUGCAGUUUCCUUCAUUCCACUGCAACACUGCAUCUACGUUGUGCUUCCCCUUCUCAAAUUGCAAAUUCAAUCCCGGUUCAUUGCAUCACGCCCUAACCAGAAUAGCAGAUCCCUUAGUGCAGUGGUCCCCAGCCACCAGGCCGCAAUGCAUGUUCUACCGGGCCGCGAGGAACCGAAAUGAUUUGGCGAUAGUGGGGUUAACCACGAGCUGCUCUCUGAAGCCACCUCGCAGGCAUUCUAGAAAUUCUCCCCCGGGGCAUCCAACCGGGUUUUCCCAAUCGAUUUGUGUACUGAAAUCCCACAUGACUACUGUAACGUUGACCUGCUGACUUGCAUUUCUAUCUCCCGUUGUAGUUUGUAGACUACAUUCUUACCACUGUUUGGAGUCUGCACAUAACUUCCACCAGGGUUUUCUGUGUAUUUGCAGUUCCUCAGCUCUCCCCACAACGACUCAGCACCUUCCGACCCUAUGCCGGCUCUUUCUGAUGGUUUGAUUUUGUUAUGUUUACCAACAGGGCCACGCUGUCAGUGAUGCCCAAAACCUCAUGUAUGCCAGUCUGCAGCUCUUCCUCCUCGUCAGUUUGCACAAUGCGCGCAUUCAAAUGUAAUACCGUCAGUCCUGUGUUCAGCCUUUUAGAUUCUGUGCGUCUUUUCCAUUGCAACUCAUCCUGUCGACUGCCAGGUUGCCCGAUCAGCAGCCUCUCAUUGCCGGCAGUCUCACAACAUUCUGUCUCUGUCUACAAACCAACUACCUCAUCCUCGGCGGUAGCACAUCGGUUCCCAAACCCCUUACCUAACUCACAAAAUAUCUUUUCAGGGCCUGCUGACAUUUUCUACCUGUCAUUGGUGCCAAUAUUUACCAACAAGUCUGGUUGCUCGCCCUCCCCCUUUAGAAUGCCAGGGACCUGAUCGGAGUCAUCCCUGUCCCUGGCAGCUGGACACAUCUCACCAUCCGGGUGACUCUAUCGCCAGCACAGAACCGCUGGUCGUUGGUUGACAACAGGAGGGACUCUAACCCUGUUACGGCGGAGGGAGGAUCGGACGUUGAUGGACUUUCGAUCGGUCAGGACAUGAAAGGAUACAAGGCGAAGGCAGGAAAAUGGAGCUGAGAGGGAAAAUGGAUUUACCGUGAUGAAGUGGCAGAGCAGUUUUGAUGGGCCAAAUGGCCUAAUUCUGCUCCUGUCUCUCAUGGUCUUAUGGUCCAAGAGCAGCCUCUCAUUCAAUUAGAGCAAGAGCAAUGAACUGGUUCUGGACUUUGGAGGAGGAAACAGGAACCCAUGAGGCAAUCCUCAUCGGGGCUCAAAGGUGGAGACCUUCAGCAAAUUUAAAUUCCACAGUGUCAACAUUUCAGAGGAUCUGUUCCGAGCCCGGGACACAAGUGCAAUUACACGAAAGCAGGAACUGUCUGUUCCUGCUCAGAAGCUUGAAUGGAUUCAGAAUGACAUCUAAAACCCUGACAAACUUGGACAGAUGUGUGGUGGGGAGCAUGUUCAGAGGUUGCAUCAUGGCCUGGUAUGGAAACACCAAAGCCCCUGAAAGGAAAAUCCGAUUAGAAAUAGUGGAUAUGGCCCAGCACAUCACGGGUAAAACUCUCCUUACAACUGAGCACAUCUCUGAGGGCUGCUGUCACAGGAAAUCAGCAUCCAUCAUCAAGGACCCCCACCACCCAGGCCAUGCUCUCUCCUCAAUGCUGCCAUCAGGAAGAAGGUGCAUGAGCCUCAGGAGCCUCAACCCCAGGUUCAGGAACAGUUAUUACACUCAACCAACAGGUCCUAAAAAAGAGGGGAUAAUUUUACUCAAAUUAACUUGCCCCAUCACUAAACCAUUCCCACAACCGAUGGACAUGAUCAACAACUCUUCAUCUCAUGUUCUUAAUUUUUAUUUCUGGGUUAUUUAUUAGUUUUAUUCUUUUGUAUUUGAAUUUCGUUGUCUUUUCCACAUGGUUGUUUUGUUUGUCCUUUUGUGGGCGAUCUUUCAUUCAUCGUAUAAUGGUUCUUGAGUUUACUGAAUUUACAAUAUAAUCAAAUCCCAGGAUUAUACUUGGUGACAUGCGUAUACUUUGAUAAUAAAUUUACUUUGCACA